AUGGAGAAAUGCUUUCUGCUUGAUUGCUGUGAAAGUCGGAAAACAAAAGAAUGCUUGGCAUACUACCUAUUACUGCACAGGGUUAGGUUAGUUUGGAAGCAGAUUUGGAUUGGUGAGUUGCUGGAGAAUCUCUCCACUUUUCUGAAAGUGCAUAGAACUUUGACCGUGAUAAUAUCUUCUGUCAGAAGGUUUAGGCAUUGCAACUUACACGGUCAAAUUUCUGAGCAGGUUGAGAUCAAAAGAACAAUUCCGAAAGGUUCUGCUGAAUCUAAGGAUUUUAAAACGAAGAAGAUUUUUGUUGGUGGGAUACCUACCUCUGUCACUGAAGAUGAGUUCAAGAAUUUCUUCUCAAAGUAUGGAAAGGUAGUGGAACACGAGAUCAUAAGAGACCAUGUCACUAAACGCUCUUGGGGCUUUGGAUUUGUUGUAUUUGACAACGAACAAGUUGUUGAUACUAUUCUGGCCAAUGGAAAUAUGAUUGAUAUGGAAGGCUCGCAGGUGAGUUCAGUCCAAUGGGUCAUUACCAUAUCAGAUGUACAAGGACAUAGCUUUUAUGUGUUCAAACCAGCAAUACAAUAUUACUUUUUACUCUUAAGGGUCUUGUAUUUGUAGCUUUUCAUCGAAUAAAAGAUAAUAUUGUCAUUGCCUAAAGGCAAGAUUGCAUUUUUUUUUCGUAGAUGAGGGAGCAGAAACAGGCUGCUCUUUUGAAAGAAAAAAGGGCCUCUAGUGGAUUGACAAGCCCUCCCCGUGUCAUUGUGAGUAUCCUGUAUAUGAUAUUUUUUAAAAUGUUUGUAUUGUUUGGACUCAGAUGAAAUAUUCAAUUAAUUUUGGUCAAUAGUGUGACAGUUUUUCAACACCACGUCAACUAAACUAUCGAUUAAUUAAAUAAAUAGGCUUGAAUCUCAUCUUAUUGGACUAAGGAUGCAUACCAUGAGUCCGUCUAGGCUUGAAUCUCAUCUUAAUUAAAUAAAUAGGCUUGAAUCUCA